CUCCCCUUCCCUCUUCCUCCCCCUCUCCCCUCCGCAGCAGCGCCACCUUCCUACCUUCCUUCUCCCGGUUCCUGCUGCCCCCGCGCUCGGGAGACACCUGCACCCUUCCCGCUCCUCUGCCACUGCGAGAGAAGGACAAGGCCCGGACUCGGCCGCAUUCUCUCCUCUCAAGAUUACAGAUACACUGUGUGUGUGAGGGAUGUCCAGUUGUUUUAAAGCAUUUUCUAUACCUUUGAGUCCUCGUUAAUGGAAAAACUUGCAUUGGAUCUCAAGAAACACCAGAAGCAUAAUAAACCAAAAUAAAACACCCUUACAAGACAGAAUGUCUCCAUAUAAAAUAGUGUGUGAAUUGUGAUGGAAGCCCCUCCCCUAUGAAAACUGAAACAUUUUUUGGGGAAGCUCUUUAAAUAUCAGUAAAUGGUGCUAAUAGAAGAUCUGAGAUUUUUUUAUCUAACAACUACCAAGGGAAAAUACUUUGCGAAUGGGAUGAAUACACAAACAGUGACUGCCUGCAAGCAGCUUCCUGACUCACAGUAACUAGCUGGAGCACUUAACUAGUGAUGUUUCCAUUUCUACUUUACCCCAUUUGAGCUUGCCUGUCUUGAUUGGGGAAAGAAAUUCAAAGUGGAGUACCAUAAACUUGAUAUGGAUAGCAAAAAGAAAGACAAGGACAAACUGGAUGAUAGAAUGGCAAGGCCUAGUGGACGAUCAAGUCAUAACCCGCGAGGCAGCGGCUCUUCAAACUCUGGAGUGUUAAUGGUUGGACCUAAUUUCAGAGUUGGGAAAAAAAUUGGAUGUGGUAAUUUUGGAGAGCUACGGUUAGGGAAAAAUCUAUAUACAAAUGAAUAUGUGGCAAUUAAGCUGGAGCCAAUGAAGUCAAGAGCACCACAGCUACACUUGGAAUACAGAUUCUACAAGCAAUUAGGAUCUGGAGAUGGAAUACCUCAGGUUUACUAUUUUGGCCCUUGUGGCAAAUAUAAUGCCAUGGUGCUGGAACUACUGGGACCUAGUUUGGAAGACUUAUUUGACUUGUGUGAUAGGACAUUUUCUCUGAAAACUGUUCUUAUGAUAGCCAUACAAUUGAUUUCUCGAAUGGAAUAUGUUCAUUCAAAGAACUUAAUAUACAGAGAUGUAAAACCUGAAAACUUCUUAAUAGGACGACCAGGAAACAAAACUCAGCAAAUUAUUCAUAUUAUAGAUUUUGGUUUGGCAAAAGAAUAUAUAGAUCCAGAGACAAGGAAGCACAUACCAUACCGAGAACACAAAAGCCUUACAGGAACUGCUAGAUACAUGAGUAUAAAUACACAUUUAGGAAAAGAACAAAGCAGAAGAGAUGAUUUGGAAGCUUUAGGUCAUAUGUUCAUGUAUUUUUUAAGAGGCAGCCUUCCGUGGCAAGGGUUAAAGGCAGAUACAUUGAAAGAACGGUAUCAGAAAAUUGGAGACACAAAGAGAGCAACUCCCAUAGAAGUACUGUGUGAAAACUUCCCAGAGGAAAUGGCUACAUAUCUUCGUUAUGUGAGAAGACUAGAUUUUUUUGAAAAACCAGACUAUGACUACUUGAGAAAGCUUUUUACAGACUUGUUUGAUCGGAAGGGCUAUAUGUUUGAUUAUGAAUAUGACUGGAUUGGGAAACAGCUGCCUACUCCAGUGGGUUCAAUCCAUUCAGAUCCUGCGAUAUCUUCUAACAGAGAAGCACAUCCACACAGAGAUAAGAUGCAACAGUCCAAAAAUCAGUCGACAGACCACAGGGCAGCUUGGGACCCCCAUCAGGCCAAUCCCCAUCACUUGAGAGCUCACCUAGCAGCUGACAGACAUGGUGGCUCGGUACAGGUUGUAAGCUCAACAAAUGGAGAGCUCAACACUGAUGAUCCUACUGCAGGGCGUUCAAAUGCUCCUAUCACAGCCCCUACAGAAGUGGAAGUAAUGGAUGAAACCAACUGCCAGAAAGUGUUGAACAUGUGGUGCUGCUGUUUUUUCAAACGAAGGAAAAGGAAAACCAUUCAGCGUCACAAAUGACUUUGGAAGAAGGCAGACCGUGGGGAAUUACUUACUUGUUCAUCUGCUAUAUCGUGAUUAGUCAUCUCUCUAGUGACCACACAUUUUCCCGACACCCCUCUUUCAAUGGGAAGGUCCUCAUACUUGCUUUGAUUUGGUGGUUCGACAUAUUUUAGUUUGGAUCAUCUCUUCUGGAAGCUUUAAAGCUGUGUCAACAUGAGUACUUAUUUGACCACUAAGAUAUCGGACCAAUGGGGGAAUAUGCUGCUCUUUCCUCAGCAAAACUAAACUGUCCUAGAAAACAUUAGCAAUGAUUAGCUGAAGACCAGAUAUUUCAUACACCUGGCAUGUGUUGAGGUUUGUGUGAUGCCAUAUUGAAAGCAGUUGAUUUUUGAGAGAACAAUGAACAUGAAAACAAGACCCAAGCAUUUAAAAUAAGUCUUGCUUUAAGAUUUCUUUUGUCAGUAAUACCUACCUUGGUUUCCCCCGUCAUUGCUUUGAUGGUACUGCAUUUGCAAAUUGUUACCAUUAAAUCUUAUUAAAAAUAUGGUACAGUCAUUGCCUGGUGGUACUAAGGCAGAAGCAAGAUGAGGAGUCAUCUGAUGAUAAAAGGCUAAAUGCUGUGGUUUAUAGGGGAGAAAGUGAAUCAUUGUCAGUGAAAUCUGGGUUUCAAAAUCUGCUUUUGUUGUGCCUCUACUUGAGAUGCAGUGUAGUAGAAGUGGUAAUAGUGCUUGUACAGAAAUACAAAAUGUAUGUAUACUGCAAGUUGUGCUUCCAGUUAUGUACGACACCAGUGCGGAAACUUCAACAGAGAGAUGCUUUGGGGUUAUUAAAACACACUACAAGGAAAUAACUGUGAACACUGAUUAGUAGAUUGGGGAAUAAAUCUGAAAAUAUUCAUCUAAAGCUAGUGCUGAAUGACAGCUUUAAAAGUGAAGAUUUGGAUGUGCCAUGUAACAAAUUUAGAUCUGUUUGUAAAUUAUUUUGCUAUUUGAUUUAAGAAAAGAAAUGGAAGUGGAUUGGUUGUAAUGCUGCCUUUAAUGAAUGCUAGCCUGUAUUUCCUGAUUGCUGCUGGGAUUUCUGGAACUUUUACGCUUUGGUGAAAUAUUGUAACACUAAGAUACAGUUGAUAGGAUUGGUCAGGUACUUUCCCCAUAGCUCCUUGAAGUGCCUGUAUUAUGAACAAACUGUUCAGUUGAAAAGGCAGCCCCCCCUUUUCUUUUCUUUUACCUCCCAGAUCACUUCAUUUAAAGCCAUAAUGACAGAGGUGUGCUUUUGUCAUGUUUAGCUGUCACUAUGAGGAGUUGGAGUAAAGGAAGGAAAUGGCUAGACAGAUUUAUUGACCAAAACUCAAAUUGUGUAUGUCUUCUUUUAAAAAGAGCACCCUAGAGCUAACUUUUAAUAACUUUUGUCUAUCAGUGCAUGCCUUUUGGCAUACUUAUUUAUUUUUAAUAUCUUGUGGUAACAUUCAAAAUAUGUAUUAAAAUGGAUAAAUGCACACCUUUUGAAUUCAUUAUUGCAUUUACAGGGAUUAUUUUGUAAUUUAUUUUUUCUUAACAGCCAAAAGUGCAGUUCAUUGUCUUGAAUUAGGUGCACAUAUGAACACAUUGUGCAAAUCUGGUCAUUGUUGGUCACUGUUGCUGUUAACAGCUUUAGUAAAUCCUUGAUAUAAAAGCUUGAACCUGGCCUAUAAAAAGCAUUGACUAUAUGACUUGGUCAAAAAGUUUCACUCUACCUGUUUGUAUUAUUGAUAAUGUCUUAAACUCUCAAGGAGACUGAUGUUCAUUUUUUAUUUUUAUUUUAUUUUUUGAGCUGAGAAGGUAGGUGGUUAACAUGGCCUCCUAAUGUGAACACUUUCUUUGCAGUAUUUGACCAAAUUUCUUUCUUUAUGAUAUUUGUAAAUACAUGCAGUAUCUUUCUUAUCAUGCACCUGUUCAGUUUCAUUCUCAAGGGUUUCUUUGGCCUGUACAGUGUUUCUAUGAUCUGGACUCCUUACACAUAACAGUGUGUAUAUUAACCCCAUUAUGGACUUGAAGACAAAAAAUAUAUAAACCUGUGUACUGCAAAGACCAGAAUCUCAACAUUGCUAUUUAGCAAUAUUUUAAGUACUCCAUUUUAAUGUUAAGGAAGACCUUGUCCUCACAACACACAACUGGUCAAUGGUAAAUUAUGCAGUUAUGUUCAGGUUAAAACAAUAAUGUUUGCAUUUAUAUGCUUUUUCCCUGUCUAAACUAAUGAAAAUCAACAUUGCCUGAAUGUCUGAAUGAUAAAACACAUCCCUGUUUAAAAAUAUGUAACGGAUGAAGAAGAAAAAAUAAAGGUAGUUUUUUUA